GGUGAAGAAGAAGACACGACGUGUAAUAUGGGAGAGUACCCCCCUUCGCCACUUGAAUCAUGUAUAAAAGACUUUGGGCACCCGUUUUGGUACUUGUAGUACAUCAACUUUGGAUUUAAUCAUGAAAAUAUUCGUGCUAAUAGCCUCCGUGGCCACACUGUGCCACUGUAAGCCGCAAUACAGCUACCCCCAACCUGCUCCCCCUAGCGGCAGCUAUGGAGCUCCUGGAGGCGGAAUCGGAGGCGGGGGACUGAUUGGCGGCGGAGGUUGCGGCGCCGGUGGUCUGGGUGGCGGCUUCGGCUGCGGAGGAGGAGGAGGUGGUGGCGGCGGCGGCGGAGGCGGACUCAUUGGCGGAGGAGGCAUUGGCGGCGGUGGAGGCGGAGGUGGCGGCGGUGGAAUAAUCGGUGGUGGUGGCACAUUGGUGCAAAAACACAUCUACGUUCACGUCGCCCCUCCAGAACCGGAAGAAUUGCGUCCCCAGCGUCCGAUAUCGCUCGGACAAGCCACCAAACAUUACAAGAUCAUUUUCAUCAAGGCACCGUCCGCUCCUGCACCAACCGCCCCCUCGUUCGCACUCGGAGGUCAGAACGAAGAGAAAACUUUGGUUUACGUUUUGGUUAAGAAACCAGACGACGCUCCCGAAAUCAACGUGCCAACGGCCGCUCCUACGGCCCCCAGCAAACCCGAGGUUUACUUUAUCCGCUACAAGGCGAAAUCGGAGGUUACCGGAGGCGGCGGAGGUGUCGGAGGCGGAGCUGGAAUUGGAGGAGGAGCUGGAAUUGGAGGAGGAGCUGGAAUUGGAGGAGGAGCUGGAAUUGGAGGUGGAUCCGGAAUUGGAGGCGGUGAUGGUUUGGGAGGAGGAGCAAUCGGAGGUGGGGGAGGCGGCGGCAGUGGUGGAGGUGUUUCUGGAACCUACGGAGUACCUUCAGGAUCUUCUGUGAGCCUUGCCACAAGUGGAGCUUCGUCGUCCGCAAGUGUCAGCCGACCAGCUACUAAUUACGGCCCUCCAGGACAAAGCGGACCCUACUAAGUUUUGUUUAUGUUUUACUUUUUUAAUUUUUAGAUAUUUUUUUAUAUCUCAACGCUCGUUAUCGUGAUGAUGUGGUCGUGUGAAUAAUCCCGUGAUAUUUGCCGUAGACUUUUUUUUACCCGCAGUUACCAGCAAUGUGUAUAGACUCGUAGUUUUAUGUAUAUAUAUAUAUAUAUUUUUUCGAAUUUUAUAUAUUUUAUAUCCCCUUAGGUUGUAAGAUAGAAAAUUCAAACGGUGACAAAUAAAUUAUUUUUUUAUAGAUAUCGAAUAA